CCACCUGAUCUCUGUCAUCAAUGCCUUAUUAAAGUUCCUGAAGCCUUUCCAUCCUUGAAGCAUAUCCAGAAGUAGGAUAUAUGAGCAGAUGAGCGCAUUGCGCACCAAGUACCCUUUAGCAGAAUGUCUGCAUUCUCCGCAUUUCUCGUCAGGGUCAGUCAAGAUUCCAGUUUACGUGCAAUUUCCUUCAGCUAUAAAAACGCUCCACCGUAAUAAUGUACCGAAACAAAGCCUUUCCUUUAGUCGCCGCUCGACUCAACUUGUCAAACCGGCCUACUCGCUACCAAUGUCCGACUCUAACUCUAGCUGCGUGGAUGGUGCUUAUGCUGAGAUUGUGGUGGUGCGACAUGGAGAAACGGAGUGGAAUGCUGAUGGAAGAAUUCAGGGGCAUUUGGAUGUGGAACUAAAUGAAGCUGGGAGAGAGCAAGCAGCUUCAGUGGCUGACCGACUAUCUAAGGAGCCUAAAAUAUCUGCUGUAUAUUCAUCUGAUUUAAAGCGAGCUCUUGUGACAGCUGAGACGAUCGCAGCUAGGUGUGGUGGGUUAGAGGUUAUAACAGAUCCAGACCUACGGGAGAGAAAUUUAGGGGAUCUUCAAGGCCUUGUAUAUCGUGAAGCAGCCAAGCUCAGUCCCAAAGCUUACAAGGCCUUUUCAUCACACAGGACAGAUCAAGAUAUACCAGGUGGUGGAGAAAGCCUAGACCAACUCUAUCAUCGCUGCACAUCUUCGUUGCAGAGAAUUGGUAGGAAGCAUAAAGGAGAGCGAGUUGUUGUGGUUUCCCAUGGCGGUGUCAUUAGAUCACUCAACAAGCGUGCUUGCCCAAACGGAAAGUCUGCAGGGAAGGUGCUUAAUACAUCUGUAAACAUAUUUCACUUGUCUGAUGAGCAAUGGACCAUAAAAUCCUGGGGUGACGUUAGUCAUCUCGAUCAAACAGGAUACCUGAAGUCGGGUUUUGGCGGGGACAAAACAUCUGGUUAGUUUGUAGUUGAUAUUUGAUACUCGAUAUUUCCUUUAGCACUUUAUCAUUGAUUAUUCUGGCAAUGGCACUAGAAUAUUCAAGUGAUGUUGUUGGGCUGAUUCAAGCCGCUAUCACCAGGGAUUAUCACUUCUAAAUUUGAUUCUCGAACUGCUCUUAUCUUUAUUAACGAUGCAACUCUUCUUUUAAUAACCAUUAAUUUGAAAGGUGUACCAAAAUUCCCUUUUUUUUUUUUGAAGGGAUUGUUUUAUACAGGACUAUUUCAUGAAUUUGCUAACUUCUUAUCAGAACUUCAGUUCGCAGAUUAAAAAUUAAGGAUUUAUUUGAUAACGUGAUAGAAAGAACUUUUAUGGUGUCACAGCUGAGUAAUUAGAGAUUCAAUUAUAAAAUGCAUCACAUCACAGUCGAGUGAUUUGGAUUCAGUCAUAAAAUGCAUCACCCAGCUGUGGUGCUAUGGGAGUCUAUCUCUGGAACUUUAAUUUUCAAUAUUUCAUAAAAUUUUAUGAAAUUUGUAUAUUCGCAUGUAAUCUUUAAAAGAGAAAAAAAAUAAAAAAUAAAAGGGAAAGGCACGAUUCGUGGCGUUUCACGUUAAGUCAGUUGAGAUUCCCGUCGGCUUGAAAUGUCUGCCAACUUAAAACGUCUUACACAAAAAAUAAUGUUCGUACACGACAAAACUUGGCCGUUUGUACGCACCACCGAGUUACUAUGUCCGAACCUAGUUCUUGGUAAAUCAGUUAGAAAUAUAAAGAAAGAAAACUUCAUUUGAUUAAUUAUUUGAAACCUGAGAAAAAAUUUUA